UGCUGUGGCAGAAGAGCUCAUUCUGUGCCUGGUAAACAGCGCUGGUGCGUCCUGGCAUGUGAUCCCGCUCCGCUCGAAUCGACCGCCUCGCUGCUGCAGCCUCCCAGUAAACUUUUCAUGCUGUUGCCCGUCCAAUGGACAGCACUUAGGAGCUUCGUCUGGACCGUAUCCGCUCCCGCCCGCUCCGGCUCCGCUGCGCUCCGGCUCUUCGCCUUCUGCUCUCCGGGUUGAGAGGGACUCGCGCGGCUGGCCCGGGUCUCCCGCUGCACACAUGGAGGGAGACGUCAUGGACAAAGUGGAGGCCACGGCGACGGUCCGUGACUUCGAUCCCAUCAGUGGGAGCAUCCCGGCCACCAAAGUGGAGAUCACCGUGUCCUGCAGGAAUCUUUUGGACCGAGACACUUUCUCCAAGUCUGACCCACUGGUGGUGCUGUACACGCAGGGAGUCGAGACCAAACAGUGGAGAGAGUUUGGGCGGACAGAGGUGAUAGACAACACACUCAACCCAGACUUUGUUAGGAAGUAUAUCCUGGACUACUUCUUUGAGGAGAAGCAGAACCUGCGCUUUGACGUGUAUGAUAUUGACUCUAAAAGUCCAGAUCUGGCAAAGCACCCAACCGACUUUAACGACUUCCUGGGACAGGUCCACUGUACGCUGGGAGAGAUCGUGGGGUCGCCCGCCAGCCGCCUGGAGAAACCUCUCGGAGGCAUACCUGGGAAAAAAUGUGGGACCAUUAUCCUGUCGGCUGAGGAGCUGGGAAACUGCAGAGAUUACGCCACCAUGCAGUUCUGUGCCAACAAACUAGAUAAAAAGGACUUCUUUGGCAAGUCGGACCCCUUCAUGGUCUUCUACAGAAGCAACGAGGACGGCACGUUCACUAUCUGUCACAAGACUGAAGUGGUGAAGAACACGCUGAACCCUGUGUGGCAGCCCUUCUCCAUCCCUGUCAGAGCGCUCUGCAACGGGGACUAUGACAGAGCUUUAGAAAAAGACGUUGAUAGCUGUUUCCAAAAUUUGUGUGACAAUGAAGAGCAAAGAAAAUGGAUCAGGACAAUCAAAGUGGAGGUGUAUGACUGGGACAGAGACGGGAGCCACGAUUUCAUCGGUGAAUUCACCACCAGCUACAAAGAGCUGUGUCGAGGUCAGAGCCAGCUAAACGUCUAUGAGGUGGUGAACGCCAAGAAGAAAAUCAAGAAGAAGAGAUACAUCAACUCUGGGACGGUGUCCUUGUUGUCGUUCAACGUGGAGUCAGAGCACACCUUCCUGGAUUACAUCAAAGGAGGGACUCAGAUUCACUUCACAGUGGCCAUUGAUUUCACUGCAUCUAACGGAAACCCGUCCCAGUCCACUUCACUGCACUACAUGAACCCGUACCAGAUGAACGCCUAUGCCAUGGCCCUGAAGGCCGUGGGGGAGAUCAUCCAGGACUACGACAGUGAUAAGAUGUUCCCUGCACUGGGGUUCGGUGCUAAGCUGCCCCCUGAUGGGAGGGUCUCCCACGAGUUCCCUCUGAACGGCAACACUGAGAACCCGUACUGUAACGGCAUGGAGGGGAUCCUUGAAGCGUAUCACCAAAGCCUUAAGACGGUUCAGCUGUACGGACCCACCAACUUCGCUCCCGUGGUUAAUCACGUGGCAAGGUACGCAGCAGCGGUGCAGGACGGCACUCAGUACUUUGUUCUGCUCAUCAUCACUGAUGGCGUCAUAUCGGACAUGGCUCAGACCAAGGAGGCCAUCGUCAAUGCAGCUAAACUCCCCAUGUCUAUCAUCAUUGUUGGAGUUGGCCAGGCCGAGUUCGAUGCCAUGGUGGAGCUGGACGGAGAUGACAUCAGGAUUUCGUCGCGGGGGAAGUUGGCAGAGAGAGACAUUGUACAGUUUGUCCCGUUCAGAGACUACAUGGAUCGCACUGGCAACCACGUGCUGAGUAUGGCGCGGCUGGCUAAAGACGUACUUGCGGAGAUCCCAGACCAGCUGAUCUCCUACAUGAAGACUAGAGCCAUCAAACCGAACCCCCCCCCACCGCCGUACUCACCGGGCGACCCGCCCCUCACCAACCCCAUCUGAGCCCCGCACGGUGCUCCGCGCUGGGGUCGUGGUCGACCGAGGGAAACCGGCCUUCGACAACCGUCCUCUGGGGGGGAAAGGAAAACGCUUUCAAGGCCCUUUUGGUAAAUAUUAAUUUGGCUAAACAAAAAGAUGACGAGACUCCAUUGUGCUUUGGAGAAGUACAACUGCUUGGGGUGAAGCUGCUGAUGAUCGGGGAUGUUUUUCUCUCGGAGGUGAGAGCGCUGAGAGGAGCGGCCCACUGCAGAAGGAGGUUUUAGUUGUUCGCUGUCAAACCUGUCAAAGUGGUGAUGUAAUGGAUAGCACGUAAACCCGUAGAGAGCGCCUGUUCCAAGGCAUAAAUAUAUUAGAAUGUGCCAGUGUGUAUCAUGUUUGUGAUACCGUUUGGAAUCGGUGUGUGUUAAACUAGGAAACCACAUGUAUACUAAUUUAUUUAUUUAUUUAUUUAUUGCAGAAAUAAUUUAUUCCUUUGACGGGGUUUUAAAGGGUGAAAGGGGAUUAAAGUCAUAUUUUCCCUGUAGUUUUCCAUCUUAUAUUUUGUGUAAUAAUAAUAAUAAUAAUAAUAAAAAUCCCCAUUUCUACUUUGAUAAGGACUGUAAUAUAAAAAGCAUGUGAUGACAAAUAUUCAGCUGUUUAUGAAUCAUUUUCACUGAUGGAUCGUUUCUGAUUGUGGAGGACCUGCUGUGAGCUGUGAGUGGCCAUAAUGAUUUUUCCAGCACCAUGUCUUCUACGUAUUUCUAGUAUUUAUAUCAACAGAAAUGCACUAAUUACUGUCCAAAUAAAAAGCACAAAGGUUAUAAUGCUAAUAAGCUCAACACCAACCACAAUGAAAAUAAUGGAAAGGAGUGUGUGACAUUUUAAACCGGAUGAAACAGGAGAAUGUUUAUAAUAUUUAAAUUAACUUAUAUUUAUCAUAAAAAACAGGAUGUUUACAGAAAAACAGAUGAAUAAUUCAAAGCACAGUUUGUAUGCAGAGAGGUAGAUUAUAAUUCACGCUGCCACAUCUCAUUUCUCAUCUCGCUGU